AACGGUCACACUGUCGCCACUGCACACAACCAACCAACCUAGCUAGCGCUAUAAAAGAUUUGCAAAAGACGAAAACAGUGAAAGCGGGUGUGAAAAAGCAGGCGAAUAGAGAUAAGAAACAAAACUAGAAAAGUCAACGCAAGCAGCAGCGGCGCGCCGUCAAGACAGCGCUAGCCGCUGGGGCUGGUUUUAAAUGGAUUAAGUGUUUUGCCUCGCACAUCAUCAAGCAGCGAGCAGAGAUAACAAUAAACGGGGGUUGUGGGGAAGGGGCAAAAAACGAAGCGCUGCUAUACGGAAGGAAACACAAGGGGAACGGAAACUACAACGGGAACUGGAACCAUGUCUUCGGCCGUCAAUAUACAAAUCGUGUCAAUGCCAAAUCUGGCGAAGAUCGAGAACUUCUUGAAAGAUGUGAGCUAUCGCGAAACGAUCGAAUACAGCGCCAACUUCAAUACACGCCUCUGUAUCGAGCGGCGAUUGCGCUUGCCGUUCCUCGAUCCGCAGACGGGAGUUGCGCAAAACCAUUCGCAGCUGUUUAUGGACAAGCGACAACGAAUGCCGGGCUUUCGUCAGGGCCAAAUCUACACGUAUCCCGCGACACGAUGGCGCAAGAGUCGUCGUCAAUAUUUGUCCAAAAUGUACAGCAGCACACACAACAACCACAAUCAUAAUCACCAUAACCAUAACAACAACAACAACAAUAGGUUUCCCGAGCGUCCGUUUCAGGCGCUGCGCAAAGAGCAUGAAGCAUUGGUGGCCAGCGGCAUUAAUAUUGGCGGCGUUGGCAUCACUGGCUUAGGCAUUGCUGGCAGCAUUGGCAGCAUUGCUAGCGGUGCCAACAGCAGCAGCUCAACGCUGAGUCUCAACAUGCUGACAGGAGGCAGUGGUGGAGGAGGAGCAGGCGGCGGUGGCGGCGGCGGCGGCACAUCGACAACGCCAACAGUGCUGAGCACGUUGCAUAGCGAUACAACGCAUGACUUUAAUGGUGCAUUCAGUAUGGAGGAAUCAUGCUCGCUAGGCGCCGCCGGCGGCGACACUUCCGACAGCAAGGAUAGUCAAUUGCAAACCCAACAACAACAGCAGCAGCACCACCAACAAUCAUCAAAGGAUGAGCUGCCCAAGGAGUGGUUCUACGAUGAAAUGGACAUGAACGAUGUGGACUCACUGGAGGAACCAAAAUCACCGGCCGACGAUGAAUACGACUAUGAUCCGCGCUAUGGCAACAAGAAGCGACGCAAGCGACGCCCCGGAAAACGGGCCGCAACAACACACACUAGCGGCGACACGUCCAGCGCUGGCAACAGCAGCGCGGCCCGACGACGCAGCGCAGCGACACGAACGCGUAUCGCGACCACAGAUGCCGCGCUCGAUGCCUCACUGGAUGCCAUCGAGGCGGGCGAACUAGGCGGUGGCAGCGGAGGCGGCUCAUCAGCCGCCAAUAGUGGCGGCGGCGGUGGUGGUGGUAGCAGCGGCCGCCGAUCUCGUGUGGCAGGCGGCACACGAGGGCGACGACGUGCCAACAACAAGGCUGGCACAAUGUCAAGCGGCACAACGUCUAGCGGUGGUGGUGUUGGUGGCGGUGCCGGAGGUGGUGCGAGUGGCAUGCCCAACAGCAGCAGCAAUACAUGUGAUCCGCCCAGUCCGGGCCUGGUUAAUGAGCCGCCAUCGUUUGAGAGUGCUGCUGCUGCUGUAGGUGUCGGUGUAAGCGGCGUUGCUGGCGAGGAUGGCAACGCACAUUUGCGCAAUUAUCGCAAGUAUCUGUAACAUCAUCAGCAACAGUAGGUGGCACCUACAGAAGCAACCUGCCAAUCAACCAACUAAGCAACCAACCAACCAACCAAGCUAGACCUUUCAUCAAUCUAUCUACCUACCAAACUAUAAUGUAUAACUACGUAUCUGUUUAUUGCAUUCGUUUCUUUAACGGUGAUUACUAUCUAUAUAUUUUUUGCAAACAUACAUAAUAUGUAAUUUAAAGUUAGUUUAAGGCUUAGUUUAUUAGUUCCUUAUGCAAACGACCCCCACCCCAAAAACCACAAACCCCCAGCACAUUAAUUAAAAAAGAAAACAAAAAAAAAACCAAAACCUAACUUGCAACAAGCACAACACAUCCAAGCAGGCCAGGCCAGGCAUAGAUAAAUUCUAAGUAAUUCUACUGGUAAACACAACAAAGCAAAAACUCUGUCGCCUAUUCAUCUAAUUGUACGUUCCCAUAGCCAAUUGAUUGUUGAUCUUAUCUAAAGUAUAAACACAGACACAUAUAUAUCUAAUAUAUAUAUAUAGAUAUAUAUAUUAACAUAUGCAGCAACUUUACUUAAUCGCAAAUGCGUCCAAUUUACUCGCAACCUCUUAACGGUUUUUCUUUCAUUGCCGCCACAUUUAAAAUAUUUCAAAAUUUUUCCAAUUUCUUGAUUAUGUUUCAUCUAUUUCUUCCUCUAUUGUAGUUGCAGUUUAUUUAAUUUAUAUUUAGUUGAAAUUUUUUUUUUUUAAAUCCAUUGGCGUAAUGUAUUCUUAGGAAGUGUGGUAGGGUUUUAGGGUUCCAGUCCAAGUCCAGCGCGAAAUACAAUAGAAAAAACAUAAAAAAACAAAAAAAAAAUCAAAAAACAAAAGAAUACAAAAAAACUAAAAGAUUUCGUAAACCAAAAUUUUUUCUCUAGGAGUAGUAAGUUUCUUAUGGAAAACGAGAGAGAGAGCUGAAAUACAAAAUAAUAAAAAAAAUACAAAA